AUGAAGCUUGUUUCGUCUCGUGAUCAUGUGUUGUUGAAGUCUUUCCUAUACCGCUCCUUACUUGCUUCUACGCACCUCCACGCUCCUGAAUUGGAUUUGUCGUAUCGAGUACGCGCUGAGCUACGUUCACUUGCUCAUCGCAACUACUACCAAAGUUCUCGUAAAGUCUUAGCUAAAGCGCAAAAUCCAAUCGGCACUCCUACAGUAGCUUAUUGUUCAGCUCGAUUGCUCCAAUUGCAGCUCCCGCUCAACUCGAGUUUGGCUCUCACCUCGUCACGGCGACACUCUCACCUUCACUCUUCCGUCGCCUCGAUUUGCUCUCAAGUGCCACGCCUCUAUAUAAACCACUGCGCCCGUCUUCGACCGAACACCGCGACUGCAUCGCUACACAUCUCCACCACAUCUCCCGCCCAAGCGUCUCCACCACGCGCAAGCACAAUGGCAAGGAAAGCCGCAGAAGCUUCGGACUCGUCCCUGUCACCCGCGCCUGAGGAUAUCUCAGCCCAACUUGAGACUAAAGCCACAGUCAAGGCUGCGACUAACGGCAAGAAGAGAAAGGCAGAGACUACCGUCAAGACCACCAAUAACACGAAGCGCAGCAAGAGGGCCCCAGCAGAUGAAAUCAAAGAAGAGGCAGUUGAAACACCAGCCAAGAAGAAAGUCACCCGCGCAAAGAAGAGCAAGGAGCCUGUCCUGCCACUCGAAGAGCGCACUAUGGAUUCCAAACUGCGUAUCGGCGCUCACGUCAGUGUCGCUGGAGGUGUGCAUAAUGCCAUACCGAAUCUCUUGCAUAUUGGUGCGAACGCGUUCGCCAUGUUCAUGAAGAACCAACGCAAGUGGGACAACCCAGACAUGGAUCCCGAACACGCCGCCCUUUUCAUCAACGGGUGCCAGGACCACAAUAUCGAGGUGGGAGAUUGCUGCCUCCCGCACGGCUCUUACCUCGUCAAUCUCGCUCACCCCGAUCCUGAGCGCAAAAAGCAAGCCUAUGAUUGCUUCCAAAACGACCUCGUCCGCUGCGAGAAGCUUGGCAUCAAGCUCUACAACUUCCACCCGGGCAAUGCCAACGCCACAACGCGCGAGGAAGGCAUCAAACUCAUCGCCGAGAACCUAAACCGUGCCCAUACCGACCCCGCCACAGGCUCUGUCAUCACAGUCCUCGAAACCAUGGCUUCUCUCGGCAACACCAUCGGCGGUACCUUUGAGGACAUCGCCGCCAUCAUCUCGCACGUGGAGAAAAAGGACCGCGUAGGCGUGUGUCUAGAUACUUGCCACGUUUUUGCCGCUGGCUACGACCUGCGGACGCCAAACACGUACGCCGAAGUGAUGAAGAAAUUCGACGAAGUCAUAGGCUUGAAGUAUCUGAUGGCUCUUCACGUCAACGACAGCAAAGCCCCACUUGCCAGCUACCGCGACCUCCACGCACGCAUUGGCACUGGCUACCUGGGGCUGCGCGCCUUCCACAACCUAGUCAACGAUACACGUCUGCAUGGCUUGCCCAUGGUGCUGGAAACGCCUGUUGACAGCGUCGAUGGAAACGGGAAGAAAUUUGAGGAUAAGAGUAUCUGGGCGCGUGAGAUCAAGAUGUUGGAGAAGUUGGUAGGCAUGGAUGUCGAGACCGACGAGUUCAAAGAUCUGGAGAAGAGUCUGCAUGAGCAGGGCAACGGGGAGCGGGAGCGGAUUGGUGACCAGGUUGAGAAGAAGAAGGUCAAGGAUGCGAAGCCCAAGGCUGUGAGGAAGAAGAAGGCCGAGGGAGAUGAGGAAGUUGAGGACGCUGAAGACGUAAAGCCAAAAAAAUCUGCGCCGAAGAAGGCUGCGCCGAAGAAGGCUGCGCCGAAGAGAAAGGCUGCUGCUGCGAAGAAGGUCGAGAGCGAGGAGGAUAAUGACGACGACGAAUAG